CAUGCUGUAGAACAUUCGUCGUUGAUAGUUGUGCCUGCCUCUCCACAUUUUUCGAGUGUCUCGUUAAAAAAAAAUUAUAUUGUCUCGGAAAAAGAUCAACUCCCGAGGAAGUGAUUGGAGUUGUUCCCACGGAAAUACAUCUAGUGUUCCUAGGCCUCGCCAGAGGACAUAUAAAGGAUUGCUCGUUCCUUCUCAUAGUAAUAGUAGUAUAGUAUAGUAGCUUUCUGCCCAGAGACGGACCUCAAGAUCUCAUUUUUUUUUCAACUUCUCUGAAGGGCGGCCAGAGUGCAUUGGGGCAUGCCGGCUAAACAAUCACCCGAAAUUCUUAAGGUCAAAAUCGAGGAGCAGAUUCUCGGAUCAGUUGUGAAUGAGAGCCCGCGUAGACUGCAUCUUUUUGCAUUUCCCUCAUAUUGCACGGGGAUUCGGAACCUUUCAUAUGAGUGGCCUUCUUCAUUGAUUGCCCUCUCUCUGCCCCUCGAGUUUUGUUCCUUCUCGGCCUUGGCAGCCCUUGGUCUUGGCGGUAUCUUAAGGCCCACUCUCGGCGUAGAAAGGAAGCCGAUCUGUUCCAUUUGUUCUCUUCGUGCGUUUUCCUGCAAAGGACAGAUGAAAGUCACACGGAGUACUCCGACUGGAUCGCUACGAAAUGCAACUUUUUUGACGACCGUGGUUUUAUAUCAAAAAGUCUUUCAUCCAGAGGGAAGUGUGCCAAAACUGAAAAUACGAUAUAUCUCUAAUAGAGCAUUGGACCAUCAUGUGUGGAACUAAAAAACGUAAGACCUCGUCAAAGAUGGACAAGCCACCUUCCGCAGUCUCUCCCAACAAUGGCGUGGUUCUUCACAAAUCCUUGCCCGGUAAUGCAAACGGAAGCGCCGUAGAUGGGAAACUGCGGCAUGGGCCCGGACUUUCUCACGACACUGAAGACAUCGGAUCCUCUGGGAUCGGAAGCCUGGACAUAAGUGAUAGCGAGGACCGUGACAGUGACGAAUCCUCCUCGAGCAGUUCCAAGGAGAGUGUUAUCAUCAUGUCGGGUCGGGUCCGGGAUCGACAUCAUUCGUUUGGAGCGCUUUCCAGCCUUUCCAAGAUGAAAGGGAGCAAUGAUCUGAAAAAAGUCCGGUUUGCUGAUGCACUCGGACUGGACCUGGUCACCGUCAAAUUGUACGAUGCCAAAAUUGACGACCUCUUCAUCAAAUCUGGAAGUCCAGUGACGUCAAAUAUUAGCGGGCCCCGAAUCUUUGUCCGCACCCUCACCCCGUUAUUCCGCCAACCUGGCUCGGCACCCGACUUCCUUGAGCGACUUCAACACUACAAAGUGAGUCUGGAAAACGCAUACAUGGACACGGACAGCUUGUCGAUUCGCGGGAUUGUUCGUGUUCUCAACAUGGACUACCAUAAGGCCGUCUAUAUUCGUUGGACGAUGAACGACUGGCGGAAUAUGAUGGACUACCGAGCGUCCUACGUGAACGGGUCUCACGACCGUCUCUCCGACAAAUUCCAAUUCAAGCUCUACACCCCUUUGGAUGUAGGGCAGUCCCUGAUAUUUGCCGUUCGAUAUCAUUGUGUCGGUCAGCAGUUCUGGGAUAACAAUCAUGGCCAAAAUUACAAGAUCUUGUGUACGUCCACAGAGAAGACGGAGACCGAGGACGAUAACGGGAUUUGCAUGUCGUUUGGAUGACAUUUUAGACAACCAUAAGACCUCCUACCGCUGGGAUUGAUUAGCGUUCAUAGUUUCCUAUUCAUACCGAUCAUGCCCGUGUUCCAGAUAAAAUUAAACUAUUCUAUUUACACGUU